AUGUCGCGGCUGCUUUUUUGCCUGUUGGCGAGCCUCGGCCUUUGGACGAAUAUUUCGCGGUGCCGGGCGAUACUGCUGUAUCCCGAAGCUACCUUGUAUCAGUUCACCCUGGGCAUCACGGUGCCGGUGGCGAUGACAAAGCGGGGCGGAAUCGCCUUCAAUGCGGGCUUUCAGCUCAACUUCGCCUUACCGUGGAAUCUGACGCAGUUCGAGCCGACGGUGAUCCCCGCGAGGCACAUUAGGGAUCUCGAGUUGCAGGACACUUACGUCGCCAUCGAGGAUCUCUUGAACGAACACGGCUGGCGGGACGGCAGGCAGUGCCUUCUGAGGACCAUUUGCGAGCUCGCGGAAACGCCUCUCCGCAGGACCCAACGCCGGGAGGACGUUCUCGAGGAAAUGAUUCACUUAAUUUUAACGCCGACGGAAGAAAGGUCGGCGGUGGCGAUUAAUUCCAGUCACCCGAGCGCCAACAAAUUGUAUCAGGAAGCUGAGCGAUUGGGUAGGUCUGGUGGCGAUUGCAUCCUAACGUAUCCUGAUUGCAUCGAGUCGCCGUUGGAAUCGUUUACGGAGAUUAUAUUUCCUUAG